AUGAACAACACCCUCUCAAGAAAGAUCUGCAAUGCUCGGUUACAAGGAUCUGUGUUUCGUGCUUCUGGUGUGUUGCUGUUCAAUAGUUCCGGUGGAGACUUCGGUAACCGAUUCCUUAUCGGUAAGGACAACGACGUCGGUUAUCGAUUCCUCACCAGUUCCGGCGGAGACCUCGGUAACCGAUUCCUUAUCGCUUGGGACAGCGACGCCGGUUGUCGAUUCCUCAACAAUUCCGGUGGAGACUUCAGUAACCGAUUCCUUAUCGGUGGGGACAGCCACGCCGCACCGCCAACAACGCGACCACCGCAGGACAUCUCUACCUCCAAACCCAAUCUGGAUACGGCAUUGUUCGAAUUAGAUAUGAAAGUAGAAGUGGAUGCGGAUUUCCCCCCAGAGCUGAUGAACAACACAUCGCAAGAGUAUGAGAAAUGGAAUCGCGAGCUUAUAAUUAAGUUAACACCUGUCUACACACGCAUCCCUGGGUUCCUGUACCUGGUCGUAACUGGCUUUACAAACGGUACAGUUAUUGGCCACUAUCAAGUCAACAUCCGGGCAAACGAACCGGCCGAUGAUGUGUUGGAUGCCUUCAAUGUUCAGGAAACCAUUGGGGACAAAUGCCAAGCGACAGGAAUAUGCCAGAGAGGUUUUAACUGUUCUGGUGGUAAAAGUGAACAGGUAACGUGCCUGUCAACGUGCCCAGGUGAUGCAUGUCAACAUGGGCAGUGCCACAUAAAUUCGGACGGAGAUCACGUGUGCAAGUGUGAUAUAUCGGAGGAUUUCGUAUACAGCGGUGAAAAAUGCGAUAUAAAGACAGAAAAGCUGUCAAUGGAGAUAGGCGCCAUCGCUGGUAUAGCUGGAGGUCUUGGAGGGGGAAUAAUCCUGCUGCUAGUGGUUGCACUGCUGCUGACGUGUUGUUCCAGAAGAAAGAACAAGAACCGAAAGAGACACCACAGUGAGGAUGAAAUCCACCUGACUGGGUUAGAAGGGGAUGUUUGGGGCAGGGACGUGGGGGAGGUCAACCCUGCCGCCGACACGAAGGGGGUGUACGGCUACCGGGGUGUACUUGGUGAACACCAGAGCUACCAAUCAUGGCUGAUGCAGCAAGAAAAACCAGAACAUAGUUCAAAGGGACAAAGCAGAGCAGACGACUUCCGGCAGGCUAAUAAUGGCGGCUAUCCGGGCAACCGGUACCAUGGUAAUGAGAGACAAGAGUGGGAGCAGAUGGAGCCUGCAGCCUUAUUUAGUCAUGCCCUGUCGAAGGGGUCAUCUGGCUUGGGGACUGGUCACUACCACGACGACAUUUCUCCCGAUUAUGACAACGAUGACGAUGACGGAUAUCAGUUUGUGGAUGAGGACAAACAUAAGGACAAUUGGGAUGUGGGGAGUGAUCGCCCUAUAACCCACUUGCCCCGUGGUCAGAACAAAUCAAGUGCGUUCAAGGACGACUAUAGCCAGGAAGGUAACAACGCCAGCAGCCAACCAAUGAAACCAAAGCCACGCCCCGUCACGGACGACUAUAGCCGGAUAGGUGACCACGGCAGGGGCCAACCAAUGAAACCAAAGCCACGCCCCUUCAAGGACGGCUAUAGCCAGGAAGGUCACCGCGGAGGGAAUCAACCAAUCAAAUCCCAGCAACGGCCGUUCAAAUACGACUACGGACAGGAAGAUCUCGCGGAUAAUCAGCCAAUGCAACUCCAACCUCGUUUGUUGAAUGCCGGUUACAAACAAGGACAGUCCGUGUACAGUAACAUUGAAACGGACGAGACGUACGCGAUCAGAAGACCAACUUUACAGUGAACCUAAUAGAUAUUCCCGGUAUACUAAAGGUCAACGGACAGACCAGGAGUUCCAAAGGAGACUUCCUCGAACACGGACGCUUCAACUGUUAUCCACCUCUUGGCGUUUCAACAGAAGUAUUGUGGAAAACUAACCGGAUCAACAUAUCCCCGCAUUGUGGCAGGACUGUAAGACGAGAUACGUUUACUGUGUCGGUAACCAUAUCCUCUCUGGUAAUUUUGUCCAUGUACAUAAAGUGCAGUGUGGUAUAUUUGUAACUGGCUGACACAAUAACCCCAGUAAAACAAGAAAAUUGCUUGUCUCGCUCUGAAACCAUACAAAAACAUGAAACUGCACCACAUAUAAAAUUCGUAUCUACAUACGCCAGAACAGUGUGAUAGCACUGCAUCACAUAUAAUUAGAAUACCUAAUAAUAUUCUUACAAAUGUUACAAAUAUUGUAAAUAAAUAAAUCUGUAUCAUUAUACAGUUGACAUUCUUAUAUAGUUACUACGUACGUAAUAAUACAUAGCAUACGCCAAAAUAGUGUAAUCUAAUUGCAUCACAUAUAGCUGAAAUUCCUAAUAAUAUAUCUACAUACGACGAGAUUAGUUUAAUAAAAUGUCAACAUAUAUACGACUGUAGUUGAAAUACCUUAGAAUAUACCUGCUGGUGCCACUAAUGCUGUAAAUACAUCUGUGCCACAUACAGUUGAAAUCCCUCAAAGUAUAUCUACAUACACCAGUAAUUGUGUAAUAAAACUGAAUCACAUAUAGUUGAAAUUCCGAAUAUAUCUAAAAACGCCAGUUAUAUUGUACGUACGACUCUGUCCCGAUAUAGUUGACAUUCCUAAUAUUUUAUCUACAUAUGUCAGUAAUAGUGUACUAAGAUUGUGUCACAUAUAGCUGAAAUUCCAAUACUUUUUCUUCACACGCCAAAACAGUGUAAUAAAACCGUGUAAACUGACGUAUACAAGAAAGUACACCUUUGCUGCUAAGGUUUCAAGAGAUCAAUGUAUACAUUUUCAAAAGAAUUUUAACACUUUUCGAAAUAUACUGAGGGAAACAAAUAAGGGAACGCCACUUCAUGGCAGUGUUCCUUUAUAUAUUUUCAGAUUUCCUCCCACAGUGCUAUUCAAAGCUGGUGAUGAAAAAUGGAAAAUGUUAACGAAACAUUCAGUUGAAUUUUCCUGUGUUCCUUUAUUUGUUUCUCUCAGUAUAUUUGCUCUGGGUUUUUGUAGGGGCGGGUGGUUAAUCCCCAAACACCAAGUGUGUACUUUCUUAUGUAAGUCUUUUAGUUGUUUAUAGAUAUGUAUUUUAUUAGGACAUUCAUAAAAUAUACAUUUCAAGCAUAAGUGUAAUAAAACUGCAUCAUGUACAGUUGAAAUUCGUAAUGGCAUGCAAAGUACAUAUCUAGACUUCAUCUGUGAAGGAGUGCUUCUCAUAUUAUGCAAAGAAAAUAUCUAUAGUUCAAAUUUAAGUGACAUUCCAUGCAAAGCACAUAGCUGGAACUCAUGUUUGAAAACGUUAAAGGACAUCUGCACCUUUCAUGCAAUGUAAAUGUACAAUUUAUAUUUUAAAGAUUGCUUCACGUAUCAUGCAUAGUAAGUGUGAAGAGUGUCUCGUAAAGACAGCCUCACAUAAUCAGGCAGUGCGUUAUUAUAGUUUAUCGGCAUUUUUAACAAUUAUCUAGCAUUAUCACGGCGUUGGACACCAGAAAUGGGCUUCACCUACUGAACCCACGUAGGAAUAGAACCCGGGGUGCCGUUGUACAAAGCGAUGUUAGGGCUAAGGUGGUUGUAACUCCUAUACCGUAACACAGACUUACGACUGUCGUAGAGCUAAGAUGUUUUGUAUAAGGGCAUCCAGGUCUUCAGCGUAACUCAUUAAGUGUAAAUGUGUAAAUCAUAUCUUUUACAGAUUGCUUCAAUUAUCAUGCAUAGUAAUGGUGUAAAUUAUACCUUUUACAGACCGCUUCACGUAUCAAGUUUAUCAUAUUUAUCUCGGGCUUAUCUGUAAAAGUGGUGUGAUCUUGGUAAAAGGCUAUAUUCAUGAUUUGUUCCAUUGAUGUAAUUUCAUUCUGAAAUAAAUAUGUAAAUCGCA